UAAAUAAAAAUAUUUCGAAAAUUACUUUUCGAAUACAUUUCAAUAUAAAACUGUCAGUUUUUUCAAAGCUCGUUAAAAAAUUUCAAAUCAAAGACAUCAAAUACACUGUGAUUUGUUUUUUAAAAUUAAUUGUGUGGAACACCUUGUUUUGUGGAAUGUAUUUGUCUGGAACUUAACGAUCGCGUGUCGACUUCCGCUACCCUAUCAAACAACUCAAAUGCGUGUGUUUCAGACAACAAAAAAUAAAAAACUAUUCUCGAAAUCAAAAUAGAUGGAUGUCAUGACGAAUGAGUAAUCAAAAAAAAAAAUCAUGGCCAAUAUAAGUGAUGACGGAUGACGUUAGUGCUGACUUCUUUUUGAGCAAUAGCUAAUUUCAUACGAUCACAAAACUCUUAUAGAGAAAAUGUAUAUAUUCAAAAAUAAAGAAAAAAGAGAACGACAGGAAAAACCAUCAACCCCUUAAUAUGUGCGAGAGGGAAGCAAAUACCUCCAUUCUUCUUCGAAUGAUCUAAAAUAAAAUGAUGUGAGUGUAUAUGUAUACAUUCAUUACCACUCUCAUGAAAAAUAAAAAAAUGAAGAAAUAGAAAAUCUGUUGUGGACUCUCAUUUAUCUAGAACAUUGAAGUCGGCGAGUCGAGUUUUUAAAUUUCUUUUUUUUUUUUGGCUUUUUCAAUAUUUCUUACCCUUUACAUAAAUUACACACUUUUUAUUUUUUUGUUUUUAAUUAAAUAAAAUCAUAAAAAUCAAUGAUCCCUAAGAUUGCUGUCAAAACAGUGUUUAGAAAAAAAAAUAAUUUCGAAAAUAAAUUCACCGUUGUGUGGAUACAAAGUGUCAUCAUCAAAUUUAUAACAAUAAUAUGAUUGAAAAAACUAUAAAACUUCAAAUCGAUAUUGAUGAUGUUAAUAAUGUAACAAACAAUAAAACUUUUAAUACAAGUUCAAAUAGUUUAAAUAAUAAACUAAACCAACAACAACAGCAACAACAAAAACCAGAAAUAAAACAUUCUAAUUUAAGUGUUAAAUCGAAUUUUGACAGUAGCUGCAACCGGCAAAAUUCGCAAGUCGAUUCGAACAACAUUCGAAAUAAUGUAUGGUCAUUGAAUAAUAAUACAUCAAGUGUAACAAAGCCAACAAAUAAAUUAAAUAAUAGUAGCAAUAAUAAUAAUAAUAAUAAUUGUAAUAUAAAUUUAAAUAAUUCACGUCGCCGGCGUAACCAACAGGAAAUACGCCAAAUUAAACGUGCUCACCGCCAUCUAUUAACAAGUAGUGGUGUUGCACAAAAGCCACUACCAACAACAACAAAUCCAGUACUACCAACAUCACAACAACAAAAUACUAAUUGCACCAAACGUCAAAAAAAGAAAAAGACAAAACGAAAAAGUGACAGCGGAGCUGUUACUACUGGCAGUAGAAGUGGAAGCAGUCAUCACCGCCCGCACCAGCACCAGCACCAUAAUCCACACCAGCAACAAAACGAACAGCAGCUGCGCCAGCAGCAGCCGAACAACAGUCAUCCAAAUCGCAACCACAAAUCUUCCUCCUCAACAACUUCAACUAAUCAAAAUCAACCUCGCAGUAAUAAAAACACAAAUAAUUGGAAUAAUAAUCGAUUAAGUGAAUGCGAUGAUUCGGCAACAAUUGUUUCAGUGAUAUCUUCCCAAUGGUGUUCGAUUGAGGAACGUUUAAAUUUAUUAGAUAAACUUUUAUAUUGUGAUGAGUUUGACGACGAUAAUUAUUCAACAAUUAGCUUUAGCAGCGAAUGUUACAGAUACGACGACGAGGACGAGGAGAACGACGACGACAACAUAAUGAGUGAUCAUAGUGGCAGUGGACAAAUGCCAAUGAAGCGUCGUGGCCAUCAGCAUCAUCCCAGAUUCGCUGGCCAGAGACGUUCCAAUGUUCCAGUUGAAGAAAUUUUGGCUGCUCUACGUCGCGGCGAUAGUGUUGGUGAACUGUCAAAUUUAUCAUCCACAGCAUCAACAGCUGAUUCGACAGUGACGUCAUUAAAUACAGGAUCCACCUCAACAUUGGACACUUUUAGUAAUUUAGGGGAUGGAGAUGGAGAUGUAGACGCAGACGAUGUAGGUAGAUGUUUAUCCCCAACUGACCUUCCUCCAUACGACAACAACAACCACACUGAAUCAACAAUCCUCAAAGAAUUAAAUAGAAACUCCGAUGACUAUUUAAAUGAUGUAAAUAUUAAAAAAACGUCCCUAGACUUGCCUUUGCUGCAGCAAUGUGCCGAGGUUUCGAUCCCAACAACUGCCAAUAGCAGUCCCACGCCAACGGACGAGAGUAGCCUCUUGGACGAUGUAGCAAAAACACCCAGCAGCAGCAGUAGUUCCAAACAACAGCGUUCUCCCAAAAAGGAGAAGCUACGUUCCGAGCAGAAGAAGAAGAAAAAGUCUAAAACAAAGAAUUCCACAGAAUUUGCAGGAGGUGAUGGUUCAUCGCCAUUAUCAUUUCAAGAACGUGCCGAAGCUGACGGCGCCGCAGCCGGCACCAACAAUGAGAACAACUCACCCGACAGCAAUAACAUUCUUGAAGAUGAUUCGUGUGAGUGGGCGAAAUUGAGAUGCACCAGCGAGCGCACCGAAGUUGUUGCCGAACGUGAAAUACGCCGACACAAAGGACGUUGUGCCGAUUAUCCAGGAUUAGCAUUCGGCAGAUCGAUAUUUAGCUCGGACACAAUGAUGAAAUUCAAUAUAAUUCGCAAUGAACUGCAUAACAUCAUGAAUACACAAUUGAAACGGGCUGAAUCUGAAGUUGCUGCAUUAAAUCGUCGCAUUCAGUUGCUCGAAGAAGACUUGGAACGUUCUGAGGAACGUCUUGGAUCUGCCACAGCUAAACUUUCGGAAGCAUCACAAGCUGCUGAUGAAAGUGAACGGAUACGAAAGGCCCUUGAAAAUCGUACAAAUAUGGAAGAUGACAGAGUAGCUAUAUUGGAAGCACAAUUAUCUCAAGCAAAAUUAAUUGCCGAGGAAGCUGACAAAAAAUACGAAGAGGUUGCAAGAAAACUAGUCCUCAUGGAACAGGAUUUGGAACGUUCCGAGGAGAAAGCUGAGCUUGGCGAAAGCAAAAUCGUGGAACUUGAAGAAGAACUCCGCGUUGUGGGUAACAACUUGAAAUCCCUCGAAGUCUCAGAAGAGAAGGCCACUCAAAAGGAAGAGACUUUCGAAGGUCAAAUCAGAUUAUUGGAUCAACAACUUAAAGAGGCUGAAGCCCGUGCUGAAUUUGCCGAACGUUCUGUUCAAAAAUUGCAGAAGGAAGUCGACAGGCUCGAAGAUGAUACAAUUGUCGAAGUGGAGAAAUUCGCACUUAUUGGAGACAGCUUAGAGUUGGCAUUCCUCGAUUUGAUACCCGGACUUGAACCAUUCUAUACGCCACGAAAUCCAAAACCACCCACACCCAAAGAGCCAACACCCACUGCCGAAGAAAUUGCUGCUGCUGAAGCAGCUGCCGCAGAAGCAGCUGCAGCGGCUGCCGAAGCUGCAGCUAAAGCAGAAGCCGAAGCAGCAGCAGCAGCUGAAGAAGCAGAGAGAUUGGCCCGUGAGGCAGAAGAAGCAGCGGCUCUUGCGGCGAUUCCUAAAGAACCAACACCACCACCACCACCGCCACCACCAUUCGAAUAUGCUAUUGAUUUGCCACCAGAAGGCGCUGAAGUACCAUAUGUUAAGAAUUAUGUACCUCCCCCACCGGGUUCGGAAGUGCCACCGCCAGCAGAAGGCGCAGCUCCAGCAGUUGAGGGCGCCGCUCGGCCAGCAGAGGGUGCUCCAGCUGCGCCACCAGCAGAAGCUGCUGCCGCGGCCCCAGCUGCUGCACCUCCAGCUGAAGGAGCUCCACCAGCGGCUGCUCCCGCAGCUGAUGGUGCAGCUCCAGCAGCUGCCCCAGCUCCUGAAGCUGCUGCUGCUCCAGCACCUGCUGCCGCCGAAGCACCUGCAGCGCCUGCCGAAACACCAGCAGCACCUGCCGAAACACCAGCAGCACCUGCCGAAGCACCACCAGCACCAGCUGAACCAGCACCUGCUGCCGAACCCGCCCCUGCUUAAAUACAACAACCAUUACCUGCAGUUUUCAUUAGCUUGCAUGAAUCAGCUUUUCAACGUCAUUUAAUCUUAUAAAAUCAAUGCAAAUAUUGGAAAAAUAUAAAAAAAAAGUUUUUAUUUCAAUUUUUGUUGAAGCAUUAAAAAGAUUAAGCGUUUUUA